UGAGCUAAACCCUUGUAGCAGAGCGAACGAGGAAAAGUUCUCCGUUUCCACUUUCCUCCUUUCUCCACGCCCCGAACCUGCAGAAAUCACCCUUUCCACCCCACCCCCCGCCGCUCGGAUCCCCAGGCCAGCACGGCCUCCCCUCCUCCCCGGCCCGGUCCAGCGGGUUGCAUGGUCCGCGGCCGCCGCUUGUGAGCCCGAUCGAUGGCCACGACGGAGGCGCGCCGCCUCGCGGUCGUGCCGCAGCUAGAUAUCGAGCAGAUACUGAAGGAAGCUCAACACCGAUGGUUACGCCCUGCUGAAAUAUGUGAAAUACUGAAAAACUACAGGAAUUUCCGUAUUGCUCCAGAACCACCAAACAGACCACCAAGUGGCUCACUUUUUUUAUUUGAUCGGAAAGUAUUGAGAUACUUCAGGAAGGAUGGUCAUAAUUGGAGGAAGAAAAAUGAUCAGAAGACUGUCAAGGAAGCCCAUGAAAGGUUGAAGUCUGGAAGUAUUGAUGUGCUUCACUGUUACUAUGCUCAUGGGGAAGAGAAUAUAAACUUCCAAAGGAGGACUUACUGGAUGUUGGAAGAGGACUAUAUGCACAUUGUACUUGUGCAUUAUCUUGAGACAAAGAAGUCGUAAUUUAGAAAAAGAAGUCAGUGCUGGUUUUCAAAAUAUGAUAAGUCUGUUGCAUAUAGUGGCACUAUACAAACUGUUCAACACUUAUAACCAGGGUGGCAAGUCAUCUCGUGCUAGAGGAAAUAACAUUAUUCAAGAAGCUGCUGUGGGUAGUCCUUCACAGAUUAUGGAGGUAGAAAGCUCACUUAGUGGACAGGCCUCAGAAUACGAAGAGGCAGAAUCAGAUAUUUAUUCAGGAGGAGCUGGAUACGACUCUUUCACUUGGAUGCAACAGCAUGAAAAUGGAACUGGACCCGUGAUAGAUUCUUCUCUCUUCAGCUCUUACACACCUGCUUCGUCCAUAGGUAAUUACCAGGGGCAGCAUGCCACACAAAAUAAAAGCUUCUAUCCUGUUAACCAACAUAAUGGUCCUCUCAUUCUUAAUGGAUCAAGUGACAUGCUUGGAACAAAUGGCCGUGCAAAUCAAACUGAUCUUCCAUCAUGGAAUUCUGUGAUAGAACUGGACGAGCCUGGUCAAAUGCCCCAUCUCCAGUUUCCUGUCCCUUCUGAUCAAGGUGCUACCACGGAAGGCCUGGGAGUUGAUUACUUAACAUUUGAUGAAGUAUAUUCUGAUGGCCUCAGUCUCAACGAUAUUGGUGCAGCAGGAACUCAUGGGAAGUCAUAUCUGCAGUUCUCUAGUGCUACUGGUGAUUUGUCUGCAACAGAGAACAGCCUCCCUCAACAAAAUGAUGGUUCUCUGGAGGAGGCAGCCAUUGGCUAUCCAUUUUUGAAGACUCAGUCAUCUAAUCUAUCUGAUAUCCUAAAAGACAGCUUUAAGAAAACUGACAGUUUUACAAGAUGGAUGAGCAAAGAGCUUCCUGAAGUGGAAGAUUCUCAAAUUCAUUCUAGUUCUGGGGGGUUCUGGAGCACUGGAGAAGCAAAUGAUAUCAUCGAAGCAUCAAGCCAUGAGCCGCUGGAUCAGUUUACUGUUUCCCCGAUGCUCUCGCAGGAGCAGCUCUUUAGUAUAGUAGAUUUUGCUCCAAACUGGACAUAUGUGGGUUCAAAGACUAAGAUUUUAGUUGCUGGUAACAUCCUGAAUGACAGUCAAAUCACCGAGAGAUGCAAGUGGUCAUGUAUGUUUGGAGAAGUUGAAGUUCCAGCAAAGAUUUUAGCAGAUGGUACUCUCAUCUGUUAUUCGCCCCAGCAUAAACUCGGUCGAGUUCCUUUUUACAUUACCUGCUCCAACAGGUUGGCCUGCAGUGAAGUGCGGGAGUUUGAAUUUCGACCAACUGUUUCCCAAUACAUGGAUGCUCCUAGUCCACAUGGUGAAACAAACAAAGUUUAUUUCCAGAUACGCCUUGACAAGUUGUUGUCCCUUGAACCAGAUGAGUACCAGGCAACUGUAUCUAACCCCAGCCUGGAGAUGAUUGACUUAAGUAAGAAGAUAAGUUCACUGAUGGCGAGUAAUGAUGAGUGGUCCAACUUGCUAAAGUUGGCUGUUGAUAAUGAGCCUUCUACUGCUGAUCACCAUGAUCAGUUUGUUGAAAAAUUGAUUAAGGAAAAAUUGCAUGUCUGGCUUCUAAAUAAAGUUGGUAUGGGUGGCAAGGGACCCAGUGUGUUAGAUGAUGAAGGGCAGGGCGUGCUUCACUUAGCAGCUGCCCUUGGAUAUGAUUGGGCUAUAAGGCCGACACUUGCUGCUGGCGUGAAUAUUAAUUUCAGAGAUGUUCAUGGGUGGACUGCACUCCAUUGGGCUGCGAUUUGUGGCCGAGAGCGGACUGUAGUUGCGCUUAUUGCUCUAGGAGCAGCUCCUGGAGCUUUGACAGACCCGACUCCUGAUUUCCCUGGAAGUACACCAGCAGAUAUCGCAUCAGCUAAUGGCCAAAAGGGAAUAUCUGGUUUCUUGGCAGAGUCUUCUCUGACCAGUCAUCUUCAGGCCCUCAAUCUGAAGGAAGCUAAUAUGGCUCAAAUAUCUGGUCUACCUGGUAUUGGAGAUGUUACUGAGAGAGAUUCACUGCAUCCUCCAAGCGGAGAUUCAUUAGGUCCUGUUCGAAAUGCUGCUCAAGCUGCUGCGCGGAUAUAUCAAGUUUUCAGGGUGCAAUCCUUCCAGAGAAAGCAAGCGGCUCAAUCUGAGGAUGAUAAAGGUGGAAUGUCUGAUGAGCGUGCCCUCUCACUCCUUUCUGUCAAGCCACCCAAGUCAGGGCAGCUUGAUCCUCUGCAUUCUGCUGCAACUCGCAUACAGAAUAAGUUCAGAGGAUGGAAGGGGAGAAAGGAGUUUCUUCUUAUUAGGCAGCGAAUUGUGAAGAUCCAGGCUCAUGUGCGAGGUCAACAAGUGAGGAAGCAUUAUCGGAAAAUAGUUUGGUCUGUUGGCAUCGUGGAGAAAGUUAUAUUGCGUUGGAGGCGUAGAGGGGCUGGCUUACGUGGGUUUCGGUCUACAGAAGGUUCAGUGGAGAGCAGCAAUGGCGGAACGAGUAGCAGUUCAAUCCAAGAUAAGCCUUCUGGGGAUGAUUAUGAUUUUCUGCAAGAAGGACGAAAACAGACUGAAGAACGGCUCCAGAAAGCUCUUGCGAGAGUGAAGUCCAUGGCUCAAUACCCAGAAGCAAGAGAUCAGUACCAUAGGAUUUUGACUGUUGUGUCAAAAAUGCAGGAGUCUCAGGCUAUGGAAGAAAAGAUGCUGGAGGAGUCAGCAGGGAUGGACUUCAUGAGUGAAUUCAAGGAAUUGUGGGAUGACGACACACCUAUACCUGGUUAUAUUUAGUUUUCAAACCUACUUUGUUGGAUUUCUCUGUAGAUUGCCUCCUUUGUCUUGAGUGCUACUGAAUUGAUGGCGCACAUAGCUGAUAACCCGAAGUAGCGUUGCUGGAGCAGUGGAGCAUGACCUGACAUGCUUGAAUUUGGACUUAGAUGUAGUAUUUCAUUUGCCUUAUGUACAGUAGAAUGUUCUCUACAUUUGAGGAAGCCUUGUAUUUACUGUGUGAAAUCGGUGUAAAGAGUUUGACAUUAGAGAUCUUACCAGAUGACUUAACGGUUGCAUGUGUGGCGUGCA